GGGAGCGCCACCGCGUGACGACUGCCGAGAUGCUGUGCGGGACAUACGUCGUCUUCCUCUUCGAUGAGAUCAGCACGGGGCUCGACAGCUCGGCCACGUACGACAUCGUGUCGGCGAUCCGCACGCUCGCGCGCACGUCCCAGACGACCAACCUGUUCUCGCUGCUGCAGCCGUCCCCCGAGGUGUUCGACCUCUUCGACCGCCUCGUGCUCCUCGACGAGGGGCGGAUUGUCUACCAGGGGCCGCGCGAGGACGUCCUGCCCUACUUCGCAAAGCUGGGUUACUUCAAGCCAAAGCACGUCGAUGUCGCCGACUUCCUCCAAGAAGUGACCACCGAGGCGGGGCGCAUCUUUUUGCGCUCCGGUUUCCGAGCGCUCGACAGCCUCGGCUUUGCGGCGGCCUACAAGGCCAGCGAGCCGUUCGCAGAGGUGCAGCGGGUGGUGGAGAGCCCCGAGCUGAACCGCGAGAUCGGGCUGUUUGGAGCCAAGCCGCUGGGGCUGCUCCUCGAGGACGGGAAAGUGCCCGCUGCUCUUCCCGUCAUCGCCUCCUUGGACCCCUCCGGCAGCCUGGCCGCCGCUUCUGUCGUCAGCACGGACAAGGCCCAGCCCGGGGACGCCGUGACCGCCGUCUCCGGACCGUCCGGCAGCCUGGAGUAUCUGGCGCUCAAAGACUCGGACGUCCGGACUGCGUCCGCAGUGGAGGGGCUCCUCGAGGCGUCGAUGGACCCCGUGCGGCUGCAGGUGCAGCGGCCGGUCAAUAAGGAGGUGGGCUCCGAGUGGGCGACCUUCCUGUCCCGGGAGUUCGUGCAGCCAGUCUGGGAGAACACCAAGACCGUCUUCCGCCGCCAGUUCAAGGUCGCCAUUCGCAACACCGUCUUCCUCUACGCCAGGCUCUUCCAGGUGUUGGUGCUGGGCACGUUCACGGGCACGGUGUUUUACCAGAUCUCCAAGAAUCCGACGCAGACGGACAUGGACCUGCGCAAGUCGAUCUCUUUCAUCGCCGUGCUGGCAAUGGCGCUCGGCGCUAUGGCGCAGAUCCCCAGCCAGAUUGACGAGCGAGUGGUGUUCUACAAGCACCACGACGCCCGCUUCUUCCGAGCCAAGGCAUACGCUAUGGCGCUCGUGAUUGCGGGCAUCCCGUUCAGCUUCAUGGAGAUUAUCGUGUACUGCCCGUUGCUGUACUUCUUGACUGGCCUGAGCCUGGAGACGAAUGGCGCGCACUUCUUCAUCUUCCUGCUCAUCGUGUUCGUGGCCGCGCUCUUCGGCUCCGCGCUCGUGCGCCUUCUCGCCGCCAUCUCGCCGUCCAGAGAAGCCGCGGGCGGCCUCGCAGGUCUGUUCGUCAUCCUGCUCUUGCUCUUCUCGGGCUUCCUCAUCGUAAAGAACAAGAUCCCCCCAUGGUGGAUCUGGUUCUACUACAUCAACCCGCUGCAGUACGCCUACACGUCGAUCGUCCUCAACGAAUUUCUCUCGGGUACCUACGACUACCCCUGCAGCGAUCCACGUGUCGACCUGGCAACCGCUUCUUUCUGCCGCGGCAAGCCGGACACGAGUGUUGCGGAAGCGUACUUGGCAAUCUACAAGUUCCCCAAAGGUUUCGGCCAAGUCUGGCUGGGCAUCGGCGUGCUGUUCGCGUUCUACGUCUUCUUCACGAUCCUCACCUUCAUUGCCAUGGAGAAAGUCAGGUUCCCCGACCAGAAGAACCCCCCCGCGCUCGCACCCUCCCGGCAAAAGAAGAUGAUCGAAGUGAGCAACGGCGGUGAUGUGGAGCUGGGCGAACUGCCUGCCGGGGCCAAGUCCCCGGUGAAGUCCUCCGGGCUGGCGUUCCUGCCCAUUACGCUCUCCUUCCACGACAUCGUGUACGAGAUCGACGUCCCGGGCGCGUCCGAGCCUCGCGUGCUGCUUAACUACGUGUCUGGUUACGCAAAACCGGGCACCAUGACGGCGCUCAUGGGCAGCUCGGGGGCGGGCAAGACGACUCUGCUGGACGUGCUGGCCGGGCGGAAGACAACCGGGCGGAUCCGGGGGGACAUCCUGAUUAACGGCUACCCGAAAGUGCAGGAGACGUUCGCCCGGGUGAUGGGUUACUGCGAGCAGAACGACAUCCACACGCCGUACGCGACAGUGUACGAGUCGCUCCUCUUCAGCGCGCACCUGCGGCUGCCGCGCACCACCACCCCCGCGCAGCGCAUCCAGUUCGUCAAGGAAGUGAUGGACCUGCUGGAGCUGUGGCCCCAGGCGAACGAUCUGGUGGGCUUCAUCGGAUCGGGGGGGCUCAGCGUCGAGCAGGCCAAGCGGCUCACCAUCGGCGUGGAGCUGGUAUCGAACCCUUCCGUCCUUUUCCUCGAUGAGCCCACGUCGGGGUUGGACAGCCGCGCCGCGCAGCGGGUCAUCACGGGGAUCCAGAACAUCGUCUCGACUGGGCGCAGCGUUAUCUGCACCAUUCACCAGCCGAGCCGUCGCCUGUUCCUGGCCUUCGACAAUCUGCUGCUUCUCAAGCGGGGAGGGGAAGUCGCUUUCUUUGGGGAGUUGGGCUUUGAGAGCAAGAACCUGCUGGCGUACUUUGAGUCGCUGCCCGGCGUGCCCAAGUGCGGCGACCACCAGAACCCGGCCACGUACAUGCUGGAGGUCAUCGGCGCCGGCAUCGGCCACGACGCGCUGCGCGACUUUGCGCUCGAUUUCAAAAACAGCGAGUUGGCCGAGUUGAACUACGAGGAGCUGGAGCAGCUGCGGUGGUCCGCCGGGAAGGCUGGCCCCAACAUCACGGAGAAGGGCUACGCGGCGGAGUGGGGCCUCAUCGCGCGCCAGGUGCUGCUGCGCAUGCAGACCACCUACUGGCGCAACGUCAGCUACAGCUUCGGCCGCAUCAUGUUCGCGAUCAUCCUUGGCGUGUUGCUGGGCAGCAUCUUCUGGCUGGUCAAGUACGACACCGUGGCGGGCGUCGCCUCGCGCACCGGCAUGAUCUACAUCUCCGUCGUCUUCUACUCGAUCAUCAACGCCAACAACGUCAUUCCGCAAGUGAACGCGGAGCGGCCGCUGUUUUACCGCGAGAAGGCCGCACAAAUGUACCCCAGCGCGCUCUACAGCAUCUCGUGGGGCCUCGCUGAGAUUCCGUACCUGGCGUUGUCCACGCUUAUCUUCUGCGCCAUCGCCAUGAGCAUGGUCGACGUGGCCAUGAACAGCGCCUCCGACUUCUUCGCCUUCUGGUUCCUCUUCUUCGAAUACGCAGCGUCCAUCACCUUCUUUGGACUCAUGCUCGCACAUGCCACUCCAAAUGCGGAGACGGCCUCUAUCAUCAUUCCCCUCGUUAUCAACGUCUGGAACAUCGUCUCCGGUUUCAUGAUCCCCAAGAACAAGAUCCCGGUCUUCUGGCGCUGGCUCUACUAUCUCAGUCCAACGGCAUACACCUUAAACGGCCUCCUCUCGGUUGCAUUUCACUGCGACACCUCCACGCCCGAGUGCUCGAUCGCCGGGUGCAACAACAACCCUGCCGUCUGCCCCGCCUGCACGUGCCCGCGGAUCACGGAUCAGGGCAACGUCAUCGUCUGGAACAGUCUGACCUCCCGCCAGAGCCUCGACUACGGCCAGAGGUUCCGAGACAUGGGCGUGUUGAUCGUAUUUAUUCUGGCGUUCCGACUCGCCGCAUACCUGGCCCUUGUGUUCAUUAAGCACAACAAGCGGUAAAGAUAGACACAAGGCAAAGAUAAGCAAGCAGUCUGCUUGAACAAAGGUUUCAUUUCUCGAGUGCACGACCCGAGAGACCAGGCCUUUUAAUAAGAUCGAUAGGCAGCAAGCAGGUUUCGCAGAACGGUGCACGCAGACUAGCUUCUACUUGCAUGUGGUAGUCUGAUCAGAUUCGCCGCUGUCAAACUGAUUUUAGAUUGCAGUUCAAACAGUGAAGGAAGCCCAUCUUCGAUCAUGGGGAGACUAUCUUGUACUUUUGAAACUCAUAUCGACAGGACUAAAACUUCACAAGUGCUGCCUAAAAGCAAGAUUUAUCAAUCAUCUUUCCUUUUUUAAGGAUUUUGCGG